CAGACGUCAGUGAUAUGCGACGUGCUGUGUUGCUGAAGGACACGAGAGUGUGAAGUAACGUUAUGGAUUAAAAUAUCAGAAAAUACUACGGUUAGACAUUGAAGAGGCCAUCGGCAGUUAUGGCAGUUUCGGCUCUCUCACGAGCCAUGCGCGCUAUAACUCUGACGGGAGGUGGUUGCAAACAGGGACUGCUCUGUAGCAGAGUUGUUGCUGAGAGCAACAGAGCCCCAGCAGCAUCCCUCCUCCCAAGUUUCAACGGUGCAGUGUCUCAAUGGCGGGGGUUACUCACAACAGCCUGCCUGGAACAGAACAAGACAUACUGGAAACAGAGGGAUAAGUACACCAUUCGCCCCAUUGGCAUGAAAAAGACCGGAGGAAGGGACUGGACAGGAAAGGUUCGGACACAUGGUAUUGGAGGUGGCCACAAACAACGACAUCGCAUUAUAGACUUCCAGAGACUGCGAUAUGAAGACGGGAAAGAACCGCAGCCCUUUGAGGAGCGAAUCGUCGAAGUUAGAUACGAUCCAUGCAGGUCGGCAGAUAUAGCCUUGGUUGCAGGUGGUAAUCGGAAACGCUGGAUUAUUGCCACAGAGAAUAUGGACGUUGGUGACCUCAUCAAAACCUCUGGAGUUAUUGGCCGCAUGGCAGUCUCAGCCAAAGAGGGGGAUGCCCAUCCUCUUGGAGCCCUUCCAGUGGGCACCCUGAUCAACAACCUGGAACUGUUCCCUGGCAAAGGUGCCAAGGUCAUUCGCGCUGCAGGCACAUCUGGAGUGCUUCUACGGAAAGUCAGUGGCACAGCUAUUGUGCAACUGCCCUCCAAACAUCAGAUCCAGGUAUCAGAGACAUGUGUGGCCACUGUAGGGAGGGUGUCUAACAUAGACCACAACAAACGCAUCAUCGGUAAGGCUGGCCGUAACCGCUGGCUUGGCAUCCGGCCCUCAAGUGGCCUGUGGCAGAGGAAGGGAGGCUGGGCCGGGCGGAAGAUCAGACCACUGCCACCCAUGAAGAGCUACGUCAACCUGCCCUCCGUGUCGGCCCAAACAUGAGCGCGCUAUCCCUCAACACAGACCCUGAACAAACUUGAAGAGACUAUGAUUUGUACUGAAAAUCUGAGGGGGGGGGGGAAGAGUAAUACCAUGUCUUCAGGAGGUCUAACACAUGGUUUAUGUGAGGAAAUGUGUGUGAGUUUGCCUGGCUAAUUACUCUUAACCACCUGAUAUUGAACGGUGAUAGCAGUUCAGUGUAAAAUUCAUCAUACGAGUGACUCAGCACAUUGUUGAUGUAUGUGCCAGCUGUACCAGACAUGUGAGAGGAAUAUAGCCAGUCCUUUACAAGAAUACACACAUUUAAAGAAGGUUACAAACAUUUUUCUUUAUUAAACACAAUCGCUUUUGUGAGCGCAUGGGGGAAAAACAAUACAAAAUUCCAAUAUGUAUGUACAACUAUCAUAAAACAUGCAAAGGUUAAUCCAUG